UCCAAAUUCUUCAUUUGCUUUUCAUUGCCUGACGAUGACUAAGUGUACCACGAACAAGUGCCAUUGUAAGAGUUACAGGGACAGGGUUCAGGACCGCUUCUACGACUGUAUUAGCGAUACUGAGUGUGAGGAUAAUAGUGUCUCUGGUGGGGACGUUUGCAAGGUGGUCAGCAGUCUGAAGGAUCCUGGCCAGAUGCGUGCCGUCUUGGAGCGGGCCCUUUACGCCACCCAGAACCUACUCCGUUGCUAUGGCUCGGCCGUGGCACCCGCUGGCCGCAAUCCUCCCCCCCACGAGCUGAACUACUAUCCAGCCACGCUGGAGGUAUCUGUCACUCUCAAAACGGAGGAGACCUGCAUCUGCCCCAAGAAUCGCCAGUACAGUCUGCGCGGCGAUCCGGUGACUCUCAAGCUCCCAAUCAAACUGAAUCCCGACAGCGGUCAAGUGAAGAUGAACAUCUACCAGCCCAGACCUGGGGUGGCCAGUGGUUGUCGUCGAUGUGGUGCCGGCGCUCCUGGCGCUGCCGGAGACAGGUACAAGGCCAAGAGCAGGAAGUCUUCCUCCUCCAUACGGAAGGUGCGCUGGUUCAAGCAUGAACACACCGAAAACUAAGCGAAGAAAGCAGAAGAAAUUGAAUAUUUUCCCCAUUUGCCGUUGAAUGUUUGAAGUAGAUUGAUUAUAUAAAAA